AGGCUCCUCAAACUAUGGUUGUUUCCCCCUCAGCCGCUUCCACUGAUGCGAAACGCCUGAGAGGGAACAAUUUUGGCGGGAAAAGACAACCCGCCGAGACCGAGAAGCGGGAAAAGCCAAUCAGAGACGAUUCCCCUCCCCUCCCCCCUCCCUCCCCCCGCCUUGCGGCAGCGCACGUCCCGUGACGUCAUCGCUCCUCGCCUAGCGCCACGUCCUGGCAAGCGCGGCGCAGGCGCAGUGAGGAGGCCGCUGAGGCGGCGGCCGGCGCGGGAGUGGGAAGAUGGCCUUCACGCUGUACUCGCUGCUGCAGGCCGCGCUGCUCUUCGUCAACGCCAUCGCGGUGCUCCACGAAGAGCGCUUCCUCCGCAGGAUCGGCUGGGGAACAGACCAAGGUAUCGGAGGAUUUGGAGAAGAACCGGGGAUUAAAGCACAAUUAAUGAACCUUAUCCGAUCUGUACGAACAGUUAUGAGAGUGCCGUUAAUUGGCGUGAACAGCGUAACGAUUGUGUUGCUUCUCUUGUUUGGUUGAAGACGGCCUCUUCCAAGCAGCUGGCUGAUCGUCCGGAAGAAACAGACUGCAGAUCCCGUCGGCAUUGUGUUCCAUAGGAUCUGAUUGGGCUUGGCUGUGGAGAUUGCCCCCCCCUUUCUCAAUAAAGGCACCCUUUGUAUUUAUUGCAUUCCUGGAUAGUCACUCCCAUUUAAUUCAGCCAGAAAACUUGAGUUCGUGCAGAAGUGCUGUAGAUAUAUCCCAAACUGGAAACAUUUCCUCACUUGACUUUUAAUAGUAUCAAGUGUUUACAGUAUGCCUUGUACCAUAUUGUAAUAGUUGCUUGAAGGUGCUGUUUCCUUUGUUGCUCAGGACUGUGUGGGUUAAAGGCUGAGCUUUCUUUCAGUAAUAAUGACCACAUGAACAAACAAGACUAACGGUAUGUGCUUUGAUGAGCCCAAAGCAAACAACCGGGCCACAGUCUGCAUAGCAAAUGUCAUUGAAAUGGAAAUUUCGGCUGUUGGCACGUGCACAGGAUGUCUUUCAAUAGAACUGAAUGGCUGACUAUUUUUUACAUACCAGUGACAGGUUAAGAGGUAAACAGAUGUGUUUUAAAAUCUAUUAUAUCUUGUAAGUGCUGGUCAAAAUUUAAAAAGAAUAGAUUUAAAGAGACGAAAAGACAUAAUUCCUCAAAGAUCCUUGAGCAAGUAAAGUUCUUUUUAUAAUGUU